AUGGGGUCCACCGGAGACAAUCUCGAGCCCUCCCCGUGGCAUCACGAGCCAGCGCUCUGCCAGGUGGAGGUCAAGGGGAUAGAGACCUGCGUCAACGGGCUCCCGACGACCAACCCGCAGGGCCGCGCGCUCUACGGUGACGGCUUCCUCCAUCUGAUCAAGGGGGCAACCAAGAAGCAGUACGAAGCAGGCGAGUACUUCUUCCGCAAGGGCGACCGCGCGCAGCUGUUCUUCGUCAUCCUCUCUGGCGAGGCCUCCGUGAUCGACGAGGAUACCUCCACCGUCGUCGACGUACUCGGCCCGGGCUGCAUCUUUGGCGAGUCGGCGCUCCUCAACAACCGCGACGAUCGGGUCCGCACGCUCUCCGCCAGGACGGGGUGCGAGGUGCUCACGGUGCCAAAGGAGGCGCUGUACAAGGAGCUGCGCCUCGCCAGGCCCGAACUCCCGACCUUUCCAUCGCGCGAGGAGCUCGUGCUCGCAUUCAUCCAGAUGGUGGUCCCAUCGGAGGCCAAAUAUACGAGGCGGGUGCAGUACGGCGAGGAAAUUUUCCGGCAGGGCAACCGGGGCGAUCCGGCCCUCUACAUUGUCAACGCGGGAGAUUUCGAGGUGCUGCACCAAGAGCCACACCUGGCCGAGGUGAAGGUGUCUUCGCUCGGCCGCGGCGAGUGCUUUGGGUACGUCUCGCUGCUCUCGGAGAACCCGUUCAACCCAAAGCGCUUCACGUCGGAGCUCAAGCGCACGCGCGACGAGCUCAACUACUCCGCGAUGGCCAAGUUCGGCGCCAACAAAAUCCACCACUGGCGGGGCUGCUGA